UUGUAACACUCAGUUUACAUUUUUUUCCUUCCCUGUGAUUGUUUUUAUUAUUAUUUUUGUUCCCAAGCCCGUGUGAUAGAGUAACAAGCAGAGCAAGGUAGCAACAAUGGUGGUCAAGAAACCACGGAUUGUGAUAGUAGGAGCAGGAAUGGCAGGCCUUGCAGCUGCCAACAAGCUCUAUACUGUGACUGGCUCCAAAGACUUGUUUGAGCUGUGUGUUGUGGAAGGUGGAAGCAGGAUUGGUGGUAGAAUCAACACAUCAGAGUUUGGUGGUGACAGGAUUGAGAUGGGUGCUACUUGGAUCCAUGGAAUUGGAGGCAGCCCAAUUCACAAAAUUGCUCAACAAAUCCAUUCAUUGGAGUCUGAGCAGCCUUGGGAGUGCAUGGAUGGGAAUGGAAACUGGGUUGAACCCACCUCCAUUGCUGAAGGUGGCUUUGUGCUGAACCCUUCCCUUGUUAACCCCAUCACAAAGCUUUUCAAGAAUUUGAUGGAUCAUGCUCAGGGGAAGAUGACUGAAGACUACGCAAAAAGUGAACUUCACAGUUAUUAUAAGCUCCUUGCUAAAGCUGCUUCCAAGAUGUCAACAACUAACGGUGACUCUAGAAACCAUAGUGUUGGCUCUUUUCUCAGACAAGGCCUUGGUGCUUAUUUGGUUUCAGCAAAAGAGGAAGAGGAGCUCAAAGGGUAUGGAAAAUGGAGCAGGAAGUUACUUGAUGAAGCAAUCUUUGCAAUGCAUGAGAACACCCUGAGGACGUAUACAUCUUCUGGUGACCUGUUAACUCUAGAUUAUAGCGCUGAGAGUGAAUACCAAAUGUUUCCAGGUGAAGAAAUUACUAUUGCAAAAGGUUACAUGAGCAUAAUUGAAUCCUUAGCAUCUGUGCUACCACCUGGGUUAGUUCAGUUAGGUAGAAAAGUCACAAGAAUUGAAUGGCAGCCCGAAAGACAUGAGAAUAUGAAUAUGAAAAAUGGUUACUGUUCUAGGCCAGUGAAGCUACAUUUCUGUGAUGGCUCUGUCAUGUCUGCGGAUCAUGUCAUUGUCACGGUUUCACUGGGAGUACUUAAAGCUGCUAUUCGUGAUGAUUCAGGUAUGUUCUUCCCCCCUCUGCCCCCUUUCAAGGCUGAGGCAAUUUCAAGGCUUGGUUUUGGUGUUGUUAAUAAGUUGUUUAUGCAAUUGAGUUCAACACAUGAAAGAAAAGAUGAACACUCGGAAGGGUUCCCCUUCCUGCAAAUGGUUUUUCACUCACCACACUCUGAGUUGAGGCUUAAGAAAAUACCCUGGUGGAUGAGGAGGACACCUACCCUUUGUCCCAUAUACAACAAUUCUAGUGUCCUCCUAUGUUGGCUUGCCGGGGAAGAAGCACUAGCACUUGAGUCAGUCAAAGAUGACGAGAUCAUUAGUGGGGUUUCAACGACAGUUUCAUGCUUUCUGUCGCAUUCCCCCAGGCAAAGGGGUUCUGGUUCUCGUAAGUUUUGCAAUGGGAAUGUGAAUUCUGAGGAGAACUCUCACGAAAAUAAAGUAAAAUUCAGUAAAGUCUUGAAGAGUCAAUGGGGAACAGAUCCGUUAUUUUUAGGCUCAUACAGUUAUGUGGCAGUUGGAUCAAGUGGUGAUGAUUUAGAUACAAUGGCGGAGCCAUUGCCAAAAGAUCACCCUUUUGCUUCACCACCUCUUCAAAUUUUGUUUGCAGGGGAAGCAACUCACAGAACCCAGUAUUCUACAACCCAUGGAGCUUACCUCAGUGGUCUUAGGGAAGCCAAUAGGCUUCUUCAACAUUAUCAUUGUGUUGAGAUUUAUAACAACUAGUAUUUAUUUUUUUCACCCUUUUUUAAAUUUUUGUACAUUAAUUUUUAUGAUAUUAUUCUCAAUUUUCUCUUUAAGUGGAAAUUAUUAA